GACUUAAUCCACCGUUAUCUAGACAGCCUCAAUCAAUUUUUACUUAUUAUUGAUACAACUCAAUCAUUUGUAGCGCUCUAGCGCACGGAAUACCAAACCAAUGGCCCUGACCUCUCCCCGCAGACAACUCUGCCGUCAUCUCCAACUUCUCCAAUGCCGACGUCAACAAUCCCACGACUUCUCGACCAGUCGAGAGCACAAUGCGGAUUUUACUCAUGCGGUAGUUGGCGGAGGAGUUGUGGGUCUGGCGAUUGCCCGUCAACUCGCCGCACGACAAGGCGCGAGCACGAUCCUACUUGAAAAACAUGAUGCCGUGGGUACGGAGACAAGUAGUCGCAAUUCAGAGGUCAUCCAUGCAGGCAUAUACUACCCCUCCAACUCCCUAAAAACUCGACUAUGUAUCGGCGGUAAAAACAAAUUAUACGCCUACUGCGCCGAAAAACAAAUUCCGCACCGAAAUACAAAGAAAUGGAUCGUUGCACAAACGGAUAGUGAAUGGGAAGCAUGUCUGAAUCUGCACGAGCAUGCAAAACAAAUCGGCGUUCCGACGAGGUUUGUCACUCAAGAGGAAGCAGCGCGUAGAGAACCUGAUGUACGCGCUGAAGCGGGGAUAGUCGAGUCUCCGACGACGGGAAUAGUAGAUGUUCAUUCCUUGAUGGCCUGUCUUCAAGGUGACUUUGAGAAUGCGGGAGGUGAUAUUGCCUUCCAGACGGAGGUCACACGUAUUGAGUCGAUUGAGAAUGGGAGGGGAGGAUAUGAGAUUUUUGCAUCGUCACCUGGACAAGACGAAGAGUCUUCUAUAACAACAGAGACAGUCAUUAACGCCGCCGGGCUCUAUGCAUGCCAUAUAAACAAUAUGAUCCUCCCAUCCUCUCGACACAGACAACCUUUCUACGCCAAGGGGACAUAUUUCUCCUAUGGCGUUUCCCAUCCGAAGCCAUCAACCUUAAUAUAUCCGGCCCCGGUACCAGGUCACGGCGGUCUAGGAACCCAUCUGACCUUAGACAUGGGCAACAGAAUCCGUUUCGGUCCAGAUGUAGAAUGGACCACCAACCCAACAGACUACAAACCGUCACCGGCACGCUUGCAACAAGCCCUCCCCGAAAUCAAACGGUAUCUGCCUUCCAUUGAUGUCAACGCCAUUGAGAUUGAUUAUUGCGGCAUUCGACCGAAACUAGGUCACGGAAGUGCGAAUACCGCUGGAAAGGGGUUUCAGGAUUUUGUGAUUCAGAGAGAAGAUGGGUUUAAAGGGUUUGUGAAUUUAUUGGGGAUUGAGAGUCCUGGUUUGACUAGUUCGUUGGCUAUUGGGGAAAUGGUUGAAGGAUUACUGUAUCGAUGAUUUCACGGUUUGGGGUGGAAGUCAUGUAAAGUGCAGGUAUACUUAGGAUUGUACAUCAUUGGGUUAUUCGUAGCUAGAUUACUGUCGUAGAGCCAUAUAUACAGACAUAGACAUAUACUACAUAUUUCAAUUCUCGUAGUUCAGGCGAUGGAGUUGGUACUCACCAUUGCAUCUCACCGACAUCUGAUCUCGACGCUGCAGCAGGCGUUAGGCUUCGACGCACGAAGCUGUGAAAACCUUGCCCCGGCUUGCCGCAGCAUGGUCACACUAUAUCAGUUGGGAAUACAGUUACUUGGAGACGCAGAAAUCACGUUUCCACCAGUUUGGCCCACCCAUGCUUUGAUAGAAUUGUGUCAUGAACUCAUAAUCAUCAAUCAUGCACAACACUCAAUCGACGUCCAUCAAAACAUCACUCAUAAUAUGAAGCACAUAACUAAACCUGCGUACGCUCCAUUUCCCCGUAUCCUUGAGCAGACCGCCAUAAUCCAACAAUAUCCGUCGCGCCGAUUGAUAACCGCCCUGAUGCGGAACACCGCGGACAUAGAUCGUACCACCAUGACGGAUGAAAUUUAUCGAUUGGUCGUCAAUUGUUCUCGAGCCUGGGUUGCUGCUUUGUGGCUCCAUAAAGCCUGCGAAUCCCUCCGUGCCGACCUGUUGCCAGUCAAUGUCUUCUAAUAGUUCGAUUGAGGUGGCGCCUGCUUGUGUUUCUGCAGAACGUGGCACCAUGUAGAUGUACAAUCCUAGUAUGAGGGCAGCUGAGAACAAGGCGUGCACAGACUGAAACAUGGUAUCGUCAGAUGCCUUACGGUUAGAUAUUUCUUUGAAUAUUUGUGCUGCGUGUAGACAUGCGCGACGAGCAGCUGGCGUUUGUGUCCAGGCUGCAAUGUCGUCGAGUGCCUUUCGAGCGGGAGCUGCCCCAUUACGGC